AUGUCCUUGGGCGUUUUAACACGUUUACUUCCUGAAUUGCUUGCAGAUCACUUCUGUAAAGACGGCUGCAGGUCAUUCAGCAACAGAUUUUAUUACAUUUCUUCUGGAAAGAAGAGCUGGGAGGACAGCAGACAGGACUGCAGAGACAGAGGGGCAGAUCUAGUCAUUGUAACCAACGAAGAAGAGCAGGUAUUCAUUAAUUCCUUCAACGAGAGAUUCUGGAUCGGUCUGACUUACAGAGAAGAAGAGGGAACAUGGAGAUGGGUAGAUGGUUCAGUUCUGAACAGCUCAGGGUUUUGGGGUCCAGGCCAGCCCAACGCACGUACGUGGAAGGAGGAUUGUGUCCACACGUCUUGGUCUGGAGGGCUGAACCGUUGGCAUGAUGAUGGCUGUUCUGCCUUAAGACACUGGAUCUGUGAAAAACCUUUGGAUGUCUAAUGUCAUUUGUAAAUAUUC